AUAUUUUGCAAAUAUGACUUCCACCUUCACGAGAGUGAUGCAUUGUACUUGCUAACGAAUUUCAAAGUGUCAUCUCGAAGUUGUGCAGUUAUUAAUUAUUAAAGUUGCAGAAGCAUUCGCAGUACAUUAGAACGUUAAUGGAUAUUUAAUGGAUGUCUAGCGUCAUAUUAAUGGAGCUAAAUAAUUUUUAAUAAUUAAAUAUUUUCGUUUCUCGUUUCACAACUUUCAACUACACAUGUUGAUGGAACAAUAUAUAAAAUCCAGUGUAGCUAUACACAUUCAACGUUCAUACAUGUUUUAACACUGCAUUGCACGCUGAAAAUUCAAUCCCUCGAAAAUCGCUGCGCUUCAUACAUCAAGGCGCGAGCUAUCGUAAUUGAGCAACUUCUACCGUGAAUUUUCCGCACUUCCGCAUGCGUGAUGAAGGGUAAUAAAGUAACGGUAGAUAGGGUGAUAGCGUUUCUGCGGGUGUAUCUGGCGCUCGCUUGCUGCUGGCCACUUCCGCCGGACGCUACUAAGUUCCAAAGACUCUGUCGCCGCAUUUUGCGCUAUUUCUGCCUCGCGAACUCGAUUACCAUCAUCUUCAGUGGGGUGUGGACGAUCUCGAAGCACGGCGACGAUGCGUUUAUGGUGAUGAGGGUAGGGUGCCAAAUGAGCGCCGCCGCGCAGAUCCCGCUGCAGAUGAUACUCUUCGCGAUGCAGGAUGAACGCAUGCAGCUUAUUGUUUUCGAAAUAGAGGAUUAUUAUCAACGUGCACAAAUACACGAAAAGGAGAUUCUUCAAUACUAUGUUGACAAAUGUAAAUUCUUGUACGGUAGCAUUCUUUGCUGUCUGGCAAUAACAGGCGUCAGUUUUAUAUUCGCGCCUUUGCUUUUGCCCCAACCGUUUCCACUAGAAUUGGAGUAUCCAUUUGACAUAUAUCAACCAUUGCAAACUAUUAUUUACGUGCAUCAUAUAAUAGCUAUUUUUCAAAGUGUCACGCAGGUUGGCGCGAAUACUUUUCCUGCUCUCUUACUUUGGUUUGUUGCCGCUAGAUUCCAUAUACUAUCCACUCGAUUCUGCACAGUAACAGAUAUGAAGCAGUUGUUAAAAUGCGUUUACGAACACAAUAUAUUGCUCAGAUAUGCAGAGGAAGUGACGCAUGCGGUUCGUUAUGUAGCAUUAUUAUGCAUAACAUGCAGUACCGGCGCUGUAAUAUUCGGUUACCUUACUUUUAUGAGCCGUCAGCCAGUGUCAGUGAAAUUUAUAUUCCUCAUGAUAGGCCUCUGCGGCUUUGUGGAACUCUAUAUGUACGCCUGGCCGGCUGAUAAUGUAAUGACCAUGAGCAGCGACAUAGCACUUGCUGUCUACAAUUCAUCAUGGUACAAAGAUGAUGUAGCUAUGAGGAAAGUUUUAAUGCAUAUCAUACGUAGAAGUCAACGUCCGGUCGUCGUUUCAGUCCCGUGUGCAUUGCCACAAUUGUCUAUGACUUAUUACGCAUCAUAUAUCUCGACCGUUUUUUCAUAUAUGGCAUUUAUACGCAUCAUGAUCGGUCAAGAGUAAACAAAGAAAAGAAAGAAGAUCGAUAUGUGGCAUGUAUAGUAUAUGUCUGUAUAAUCUAUAUUUUUGUGAUAUGGUUGCCACUUGUGCAAAGUUAUAGUCUUGUAUUAUAAUAAAAGCUUGCACUUGUUGAUGAAAA